AUGGUGAGCUCGGGAUCGCGUCUGCCCUUGUCGAUGCUGUUGCAAACGAAAGAGGCAACCGAUGAGGAACCUCGUAAAGCAUCGCGGGAAGACUGGCGUAAAGCGAAGGAGCUCGAGGAAGCCCGAAAAGCUGGUAAUGCUCCGGCUGCCGUUGAUGAGGAAGGGCGCGACAUCAACCCACACAUUCCGCAAUACAUUUCGUCCGCACCAUGGUACUACAACACUGCGGGUCCGACGCUAAAACAUCAGCGCCCCCAGGACGAGGACAAGGAACGUUCCGGCAUUGACGAGUGGUACAAACGGGGUGUCGAUACCUCCAAACCCUUAGUGACCAAGUAUCGCAAAGGGGCGUGCGAAAACUGUGGCGCAAUGACACACAAACGGGUCGAUUGUAUGGAGCGUCCUCGCAAGGUGGGAGCGAAAUUUUCCGCCAAAGCGAUAGCACACGAUGAAUUCAUGCAGCCCACGAUCGUAAGCGAUUACGAUGGCAAGCGUGACCGAUGGGCCGGUUAUGAUCCGUCCAACCAUCGGGAAAUUGUGGAAGAAUAUCUUAAAAUCGAGCAAGCGAAACGGGAGCUACGGGCGCAAAAGCUGAAGGAAAAUCCCGACCUGGCCGAGGAGCAGGACGAGGAGGGUGAUGAGGAUCGGUAUGUGGAUGAGGUGGACAUGCCCGGUACGAAGGUGGAUUCGAAACAACGCAUCACGGUGCGAAAUCUGCGCAUUCGCGAAGAUACUGCCAAGUAUCUGCGCAAUCUUGAUCCCAACUCAGCCUACUACGAUCCGAAGACGCGUUCUAUGCGUGACAACCCAACGCCCCUGCUCAACCCGGAGGAGACGGAAUUUGCGGGCGAAAACUUCGUGCGCUACUCGGGCGACAUUCAGAAGCACGCACAGGCGCAACUGUUUGCGUGGGAAGCGUACGGCAAGGGUGUGGAUGUGCACGUGCUCGCCGAACCGACGAAGCUGGAGCUGCUGCAGAAGGAGUACGAGAAGAAAAAGGGUCAAUUUAAGGAUGAGGUGAAAAAUAAGGUGCUGGAGCAGUACGGUGGCGAAGAACAUCUGGCCGUACCGCCUAAAGCUUUGCUUCUGGCACAGACGGAAAAUUAUGUCGAGUACUCGCGGUACGGUAAGGUGAUCAAGGGCCAGGACAAACCCAUCAUCCGUUCACGCUACGAAGAGGACGUGUACAUCAACAAUCACACUACCGUUUGGGGUUCACACUGGAACAACGGUUGCUGGGGUUACAAAUGUUGUGAAUCGAUGAUCAAAAAUUCGUACUGCGUUGGAGAGAAUGGUAAAGCGCCGGCUUCUACGAUCAAACCACCUGUUGCCGAAAGAGAAACAGCCGAGGAAGAAGCUUCCGAUGGAGAAAACCAAGCUAAAACGUCUGCUGCUGCUAAGGAAGAUACGUCAACUGCUGUUGAAAAGCAACAACAAGCGCAAGUACUGUUGCAACCCAAGCAAGAAGUGGUAGAUCCAGAGUGUAAUAGUAACAGCGACAGCAACAGCGGUAGUGAUUCCGAACCCGACCAGGACACCAAGCGUAAGGAAUCGAAGAAGUCGAAAAAGAAGCGCAAGAAGGAAAAGAAACGUCAGCAGCGGCGGGAAGAGAAAAAGCUGCGUAAAAAGUCCGAAGCCAAGGUGGAAAAGGACAAACUGCAGCUUGCCCUGGAAGCAGAAGAGCAGAGCCAACGGCGGGCGGCGGAGUUGUUGCGACAGGAUGAAAGAAAGCGGCCGUACAACAGCAUGUACGAUGUGAAGGCACCGACCGAGGAAGAAAUCGAAGCGUACAUGAUGAAAAGGCGCCGCGAAGAAGACCCAAUGUUUGCCUUUAUGGGCAAGUAG